AGUCCCUAACAGAUUUAAAAAAUGCCGUUUGACCCGUUUUACCGGUCGUCACAUUAUGUAGGCCUGGCUUACAGUUAAGCCCAGCCCAUAUCGGCCCAAUGUAGUUUUGAAUCCCUUGUAACCGUGAAAGCCAAACCAUCUUCACAAUGAGCCAGCCAAGUUCAUCUUCAUCAAAUGGAAAGGUAGGUUUUGGAACUCCGGUUCGAGGCAAAGGAGUACCUGACAUCUUGCCAAUCGCAAGUGAAUGUAUUUAUUCACCCUUCUUUUGGUGAGCUGUAAAUUUGUAUCAUUACAUUGGAUUGCACAAAAGCAAGGACUCAGUUUGGAAUACUGUUUGCUGUAUGCAGCGAGGAGAAUGUGUGGAAGCUGUGCGAGUACAUGCAUCUCCAUUGCCCGGAUGCCUUGCAAAAUGCCUUUGUCGUCUUUGUAUCCAACGAAAAGAGGGCUGUUCCGCUGUGGCGCCAGCGAGCUGGUCGUACAGAGGACAAACUUGUCAUCUGGGACUACCAUGUGGUUCUCCUGCACUCACAUGAUGGGAGGUAUCUGGUCUAUGAUUUGGACUCAGACCUCCCAUUUCCCACAUACUUUCACAAGUAUGUGACAGAGACAUUUCGGACAGACCACAUCCUGAAGCCAGAAUAUCACAGGUGUUUCCGUGUCAUCCCAGGCAUUUCAUUCUUGCAAGACUUUUCCUCUGACCGGUCCCACAUGAAGAAGGAUGGAGUCUGGAUCAAGUCUCCUCCAGAAUAUCCUCCCAUCUUUGAACCAGAAAGAGGAAACAACCUGGAGGAGUUUAUCAGCAUGAACCCAGGGAUUCCUCGAGGGGAGAUCCUGUCGCUGCCGGACCUUGUGAAGAAGUUUCACUCAUUUACCACAUCAUAGGACACAAGGCCUGUCUUUGUACUUGGGCUUGCAAUUCUCUCUAUCCCAGUGAUAUGGUAUCAUGCUGCUUUGCAGCCUUUAAACAAGGGCAUGUUUACUUACAUACGCCUUGAUCAAGUCAAAGUGCAAGCUGGCAAUUGCACUUUUGUUAAAUUUGACAAGGUUUGUGUGCCCUUUGCCAUUUCACUUUUUGGAUUCCAUCCAGAGUUUGAGCUUGUAUACAUAUUUAUACACUGCUUUUCACAGUUUUUCCACCGCAGAUAUCAAUUCAGUUGUGAUAUACUGUAUUAUUGUUUGCUGAUUCUGAUGGUGGAGGCUUUUCAUAGAUCUCAAACAUGCCAAAGUUUAUUUGUCCACAUCCUGCAUGUUGUUGACUAGGCCUAUGCCAGGCUUUGCCUCUCUUUCUCUCUCAUGAUGAGGUUGAGAUCCAUUUUUACUGAAACCUGUAUCUGUGAUCAAAGUUUGGACUUGAGUGUGUUCCUGAAUUUGUGAUUUAGGCCUACCCCUUGGUCAGGACUGCUGUUGCCUUUUGGUUCUCUCAUCUUUCCUUGGUUCCUCACUCUUGAGUGCCUCAGGGUGUUUCCUUCCUUAUUGAUUUUUUGCUAGAAAGCCAUGAGAUUGGAUCAGUCAGGGUCAGUAAAUAAAAUCCUCAUGCAUGUGUAUGCAAGGAAACCUGUGAUUUUUCCCCAUUUGCUCUUGCAUGAGCUUCAAGUUGGGAUCUCAACCUCCCCUAAUUUGAAUAGAAGAUAGCCAAUCAAGACCAUUUCACCAAGUUUCUUGACCUAGAUAUAUCUUUACAUGUUAAGAAGGUGCAAUUGAUAAAAAACCAUAGAGAAUGAGGAACGGGAAUGUGCAUUCAUGGAGUAGUGCCAUUUCUUGCAUUAUGAUAAUCAGGAGCUGAUGUUGCAUCUACAAGGACAACAAGAGAAACUCUGAGGUUUAACAACACAAGGUGAAAAUCGCCAUUAUGAAUCCAUAAGAAAACCAUACUGAUGCAUUUCACUAUCACAUGCCAAGAUCUCUCCCUAUUAGGAGUGGCCAUUUCUGCUUGCAAUUAAUGGAUUAAUGCAUGCAAAUACAUGCAUGUGUCUUACUUGGAUACACCCAAUUGGGUGGUUCGAACCAAUUUACUCAUUUUGAUUUUAGGACAAGCCUGUCUGAAAAACAUCUUGAUUGUAAAAAUGCAUUCCUGAUAUUCACAAUUCAGGC